AUGGCGCUGGUAUCGGUGCGUGAUUACGAGCAACGAGCGCAUGAAAUUAUCCCGCGGAACGCGCUCGACUACUACCGGAGUGGGGCCGGCGAUGAGCUGUCGCUCCACCUCAACCGUACCGGUUUCGAUCGUCUACGGAUCCGGCCCCGAAUGCUGCAGGGUGGUGCCACACGCGAUCUCACCUGUACCGUGUUUGGUGAACGCUUUGCCCUGCCAAUCGCUAUCUCUCCUACCGCGAUGCAACGCAUGGCCCAUCCCGAGGGUGAGGUGGCUAAUGCAAAGGCAGCCGCCAGCAGACAGUGUCUCUUCACGCUGAGCACCAUCAGUACAAGCUCGAUCGAGGAAGUGGCUAAUGCGACACCGAACGCACCGAAGUGGUUCCAGCUGUACAUCUAUCGCGAUCGCCAGCUGACGGAGGGUUUAGUACGCCGGGCGGAAAAGGCCGGUUAUCGUGCGAUCGUGCUGACAGUGGAUGCACCCCUGUUUGGACUGCGGCGGGCCGAUAUGCGCAACAAGUUUUCGCUGCCACCACACCUGACGAUGGCAAACUUCGUUGGAAAAGCUGCAAACAUUCGCAGCCAGGGUGGAUCGGGCAUCAACGAGUACAUCGCCGAACAGCUAGAUCCCACACUAUCCUGGGACGAUGUAAAGUGGCUGCUCGGCUUUACCAAGCUGCCCGUCAUCGUAAAAGGCAUCCUUACGUGCGAAGACGCCAUCAUCGCGGCCGACCUAGGCGUGCAGGGCAUAUUCGUAUCGAACCAUGGCGCACGGCAACUGGAUUCCGUCCCCGCAUCGAUUGAAGCAUUACCGGAAAUUGUAGCCGCCGUUGGUGAUCGGGUGGAAAUAUUUCUCGAUGGAGGCAUCAGCCAAGGGACGGAUGUGUUUAAGGCGUUAGCACUCGGUGCACGAAUGGUGUUCUUCGGUCGGCCAGCACUCUGGGGAUUGGCCGUCAAUGGCCAGGCGGGUGUUGAGCACGUGCUGGAUAUAUUGCGGAACGAGUUGGAUCUAACGAUGGCGCUGGCUGGUUGCAAAACGCUCGCGGAUAUCACAAAGGACUAUGUGGUUCAUGAGAAUUAUUACAGUAAGCUUUAGAUCAUUGG